CGCUGGUCACGGGGCGGGGCCGCGGUGACGCAGGCGCCAUGCUGCCGCUCUGGGAGGUGGAGCCACGGCCCCGGUCUACUACGAUCAUUGUAAGGAUCAUGAUUUACCACAUGUUUCUGCGCUCCAACCCAGUGUUAUGGAAAACCCAUCUGGCUGUGUGGAGAUCGUGGAGGUCAUGGAAAUUAAGCCUGCACUCUUCUACAAUCGGUGCAUCAUCUGGUACUGGUCACAGUGACAGAUCUGAAGAUCCGUGUUCUCCUUCCUCUGAAAACCCCCCUCACACGCCUGUUAUGCUCAAAGAAGUGCUUCAUAACUUAAACAUCCAACCUGGUCAGGUGGUCCUGGACAUGACAUUUGGAGGUGGUGGUCAUACCAAAGCAAUUCUGAACAUGGUUCCUGAAGUCACAGUCCUGGCCUUAGACCGAGAUCCUACAGCAAAUUCUCUGGCCCAGCAGUUAGCCAAGGAACACUCUGGUCGUGUGAAACCAUUGCUUGGCAGAUUCAGUGAGCUUGAGGUCCUGUUGUCAAAUGCGAACGUUCAGCCAGGCAGCAUUGAUGCUGUCCUGUUGGAUGCUGGCUGCUCCUCCAUGCAAAUGGACCAGGCAGAGAGAGGCUUCUCCCUCAGCAAAGAUGGGCCCUUGGAUAUGAGAAUGGAUGGAGAAAGGUACCUCGACAUGCCCUGCGCUGCUGACGUUGUGAAUACCUUAGAUCAACAGGCUCUUGCAUCCAUCCUCACUGCAUAUGGGGAAGAAAGACACGCCAGGAAAAUAGCUUCAGCCAUCGUGAAGGCACGCCGUGUCAACCCCAUCACCCGGACACAGCAGCUGGCCAGUGUGGUGGCAGGAACGUUUCCUCCCGCUGUCAUCUAUGCUCGUAAAGACCGACUCCACCGACCUGCACAUGUGGCCACCAAAACCUUCCAAGCUUUGCGAAUCCUUGUGAACGACGAGCUGAACGAACUACACGCAGGCCUGCGUGCUGCCCAGGCAAUCCUGAGACCUGGAGGACGUUUCUGCAUAAUCACCUUUCACUCACUAGAAGACAGACUGGUCAAACGUUUCCUCCAGGGAGAUGAUUUGUCUAAUCUAGAUCAGUAUCACUUCAGCCCGAGGAAACAAGGCACCAGGAGGGAAAAACUGGGGCAUGAAAAAAGAGAUGGUGGAAGUGUUCACUGGCUUCCUCUGCGGAGAAAAGUGAUCACUCCAGAAAAGGAUGAUGUGAAUGAAAAUCCUCGAGGACGCUCAGCUAAACUCAGGGCAGCGGUCAGACGGUAAUUACGUGACGUCUCACUCGUUUCAGCUAAACGUUUGAGGAGAGUAACUCUUUGCUGUGAAUAAUUAAUGUGAUUUUAGCAAAGAGUGUCAUACAGUAACAGUAAUUCUCCACUGCAUUUGUCUGCUGUUUUUUUAUAAUCUUCUCUGUAAAUGUAAAUUGCUGAACUUUAUCUUUUACAGUUUCUAGCUUAAGCCUUAUACAGAAGAGUGAUUUAAUCCUGGGAGAGGUAUGAGUAGCUUGGUUGUUUGUUCACAUGAACACACCUGGUGGGUUUUGUUUGUGGGAAGCCAGUGAAUGUUGUUGUCCUUGAUGCUGCAUUAGUGACUUCUUCUGGUUGGUUAGGGCACUGAUGGGGGGGGGGGACUCUGGAUCAUAGCAGCUCAGAGCUUUUUUUUCCAUUUGCAUGCUAUAACAAAAAUUACUGGCGACAUCGUGUGUCUUACUCUUACUCCUGCCCAGGUUAACAGUAAAUGUUAAGCUGUGGCAACGUAGUGUUGGUUAUGGAAAACUGGGCUUUCCAAAUUUGUGUAGGACAGUGAGAAUCAAAAUAAUGAACAAAAUACAGAUCUAAACUCUAGAUCUCCACACUGGCUGGGUUUGUGUUGGUGUUACUGAUAUAUCAAGUCAACUUGGACCUCCGACCACCAUUUUCUAAUCAGUUCAUCUGUCUAUCCAGAUGAACGUAUGUAUCAAGAUUCCUGAGAUGUGUUCACAAAACCAAAACAUUUUUUUUGGUGAGGUCACAGCGCCUUCGACCAAAAAAACUCUAAUCAGUUUAUCUUUGGGUACAAUUGAGUAUUUGUACCAAAUUUGAAGAAAUUCCCUAAAGUUGUUUUGUCAAGUAUCGUGUUCACAAGAUUGGGACAGAUGGACAGACAUCCCAAAUGCCUGGAGCUGCUGGUUGUCGCCAGUGCAGAGCCAUUAAAAGCCUGGACUUGUCAAUGAUCAUAAUUAAGCAAGAUACAGAUUGUGUUUACAGUUUUAAUAUACGCUAGGGAUAGCGCAUUUGCAUCACUUUGCCUAAUCACCGAAGAACUGUGGUAGCCUCAACUGUGACACAAAAGUAUAUGAAAGUUGGUUUAAG